AUGGAGAACUGCCACCUAAAUAAGUAUCAUGACAACUCUGAUUAUAACACACCACCUAAGCAAGCAGAUGUCCUUAUUCGAACCUUGAGUGAUGUAGGCCCUUAUGCCGAACUUAAGAAAGAAUACAACGACAUAAUUAAAAAUGGGAGACCCAAUUGGGAAAGCUCCUAUGACUACGAGGAUGAGAGUGACGGGGAAGAUGAUAACAUCGAUACCAUACCUAUACUUAUUCAAUCUGAAGAUGAAGAAAACUAUGAACCUAAGGAAGACUAUGUAGAAGAUCCUGAGGAGGAUUUUGAGGAAGUGCCAGUUCGAAAGAAGCCUAUGCAAUACCCGAACAUUUACACUCGAUCUCGCAAGCGUCAACAAGCAAAUAACAUGGCCGAAACACCUGAACAAUUAGCAGCUAGAGUGAGGGUACUUGAGCAGUUGUCUCAAAAUAUAGGACUAUUAGUGCAAAACCAAGCUAACAAUAUGAACAAUGGACAUGAUGACCCCCAAGCUGUCAUGGCUAAGAAGAUUGCCACUUUAAAACCCCUUACCUUUGUUGGAAAAGAGGACCCUAUGCUAUUAGAGAAUUGGUUACGUGACAUGGAGAAAAUCUUUACUGCAAACGGAAUACUUAAGGCCCAAAAGGUUAAUCAAGCUACGUUUUACCUACGUGAGGAUGCUGACACAUGGUGGGAAACUGAGGGACAAACCAUUAGUAACCAACCAAACUUUGACUGGGAUUCUUUUAAGGUUGCUAUUAGAGUUGAACCAAGGGAAGUUUAUGAGUGUCAAGGAAUAUGCCCAAAAGUUAAUGAGUAUGCUAAGUUUUGCCCUAACAUGGUCCCUGAUGAAGUUUCUAAGGCACAAAAAUUUGAGGAUGGUUUAGCUUUCAGGAUACAAACUAGGUUAGGAGGAAGUACCUCAUCUACCCUUGCAGAGGCUUAUUCUAAGGCUUGUAACAUGGAGAGGAUCUUACAAAGAGAAGAAGAUGUGUUGGGAAGGAACAAGAGGAAAGAACAAAGCAAUGCUGAUAGUCAAAGUAAUGAUAAAAGACCUCGUUUUGGUAACAAUGGGGCUGGACAUAAGGCUAAUUAUUGUCCCAAAAGGCAAGAAAGAAACCAACCAGGGCAGAAUGGACACAACAAGGGCUAUAACAACAAUGGAGGAGGAUCUAGGAACAAUAACUUCAACAACAACCGCUCGAACAAUACUCAAGCAGGAAAUGGUUCAGCAAAUGACAAGUACAACGCCAACAACAAUCAGAACAACAAUGGCAACAAUGGAAAUGGAGGACGCACUUUCAAUGGGAGACUCCACGUUAUGAGCAAGAGUGAAGCUGAGUCGGACACCAACAUUGUGACGGGUACUUUCCUUGUAAACUCUAAACCUGCUUUUGUACUCUUUGAUUCUGGAGCUUCACAUUCCUUUUUAUCUAAAUCUUUUAUCCAAAAACAUUCCCUUAAACCUUCUUCCUCAUGUCAAGCUAAGGUAACCACACCCUUAGGUGAAACCUUUCUCAGUAAGAACCUUUACUUAGGUAUGCAUAUUGUUAUCUCUGAAACCGAACUACCCGUGGACCUUAUCGAGUUUAAUUUAAAAGAGUUCGAUUUGGUUUUGGGAAUAGAUUGGUUAAGGAAGUAUCAGGCAAAAAUCAAUUGUGCUAAACAGAGAAUUACCUUUAGAGGCCCUAAGGGAAAUAAACUAACCUACUAA